GAAUAAAAUAAGAAAGAGAGAGAGGGGAGAUUGCUGGUUUCUUAUCUCUACUCAAAUCCAUUUGGAUGGCUGUAACCAUGGUGAACUUCAGACCCCUUUCCACCUCUACGGCCUCAAUUCCCCCUCAUUUCCUUUCUUCUGCCGCCCACACCGCCCUACUCACCCUGCCAACACGUCUCACUCCGUUUCCUACCUUCUCCAAUUCAGCCACCUGUUUUUCUCUUUCUUGCAACCUGCAAUCCACUAAAGCUUUUGCAGUUCCAAGGAGAAGUGCGAUGGCAUUGGUCCUUUCCAGUUGCAUAUUCUCACAAAUUGAGGGCAAUGUUGUGUUUGCUCAACAAUCUGUAGUGUUCAGGGAAUAUAUAGAUACUUUUGAUGGGUAUUCGUUCAAUUAUCCUAAAAAUUGGAUUCAAGUUCGAGGUGCUAAUGCUGACAUAUUCUUCAGAGACCCUUUCAUUCUUGAUGAGAACAUCUCCGUUGAGGUAUCCUCGCCUUCAUCGUCGAAAUACCAGAGUGUUGAAGAUUUGGGUCCACCAGAAGUAGCUGGAAAGGCAGUCCUUAGGCAGUAUUUGACUGAGUUCAUGUCUACUAGACUUGGUGUGAGACGUGAAGCAAGCAUUCUCUCUACUUCAUCUAGAAUAGCUGAUGAUGGGAAGAUGUACUACCAAAUUGAGGUGAACAUAAAGUCAUAUGCCAACAAUAAUGAGUUGGCUGUUAUGCCACAAGACCGAGUAGCACGUAAGGAAUGGGAUAGGCGCUACCUUUCGGUUCUUGGAGUUGAGAACAACCAGUUAUACGAGUUGAGACUACAAGUGCCUGAAAAUGUAUUCAUAGAGGAGGAGAAUGAUAUCCAUAAAAUUAUGGAUUCCUUUAGGGUUAACAAGAUAAGUGUUUGAUGACCUUUUUUUGUAUUUCAUUCGUUAUUUUGUAACAUUGACUUUGUUUCGCAACAUCGCAUUUGUUCUUCAAUUGAUAUGCUCUGUUGAGUUUUUGUAUUCAUUAGACACACAAUGCUAACAUUGAACUAUAACGCAA